AUGUCAAAUAAUGAAGAAAGGAAGAUAUCUAUGAACGUCAAUGGUGAAUCAAAAGUGCCCCCGGGAUUUCGGUUCCACCCCACAGAAGAAGAGCUUCUUCAGUAUUACUUGAGGAAGAAAGUUGCUUCCGAAAACAUUGAUCUUGAUGUUAUUCAAGAUGUUGAUCUUAAUAAGCUUGAACCAUGGGACAUCCAAGUGAAGUGCAAUAUUGGCUCCACACCACAAAACGAUUGGUACUUCUUUAGUCACAAAGACAAGAAAUAUCCGACUGGGACCCGAACAAAUCGGGCCACUAUAGCUGGUUUCUGGAAAGCUACGGGAAGGGAUAAGGCGAUACACAGUGGGCGUCAAACAAUCGGUAUGAGGAAGACACUAGUAUUUUACCAAGGGAGAGCACCUCAUGGCCAAAAAUCUGAUUGGAUCAUGCAUGAAUAUAGACUUGAUGAUAUUAUCCAAGAUUCCAACGUAAGCAGUUAUUUCUCUCCAUCUGGAAAUACUCCAUGGGCUGUUAUCUAA